AGAUUAAGUCCACCAGUCUAACUCCGUACUACAACAAAACAAACAUGUCCAAACCAAAAAACUUUUCCAAAUCACCAAAAAAACAAAGUACAUAAUUGCAACGUAACAGUGAUCACAGGCACAUCAACGCUUACUUUAAAUAAUUGGUUAUUUUAUAAAUGAAUCUUCAAUGUAUUACUUUUUUUUAUUGUGGAGUGAGGGUGCCCGUAACUUGUUCACACGGAGCAGGCGCGCCUUAGACACGUGGCGCCUGCUUCUUGGCGAUUCGACGGUUUAGGGACCGCGGCGUUUUUGACCGACAUUUAAAAUAUAUCAAUAAUAAGGCGUCCAUACUAAAAUUGUAAUUGCUUGAAAGGAGCAAAUUAAUUGAUGCAUUUAUAACGAUUUUGAUACAGGCGUGCAUUGUCUCCGGAUCUGAGUACGUGUGCAAAAUUUUGAAAAGAUUGGACAACAGUAAGUGGACUAACUUUUGAUUACAAGAUUUGACCACGACCAACAGGAGUGAAGUUAAAUGAAACCGUUGAAAAACAAUAUUGGCGUGUUUUUUUUUACACCGGCACCACAUCUCUGAGCGUGGAGAUUAUAUAUCUACUGCUUUUGUACCACGUAUUGGUAACGUAAUUCCAAAUAGUUGUUUGCUGAGGAUACACAUUUUGACCCACCAUUAGGACAGAAGACUGAAAUUGUAGCAUCUUGAAAUGUUUUGAUCAACUAAAAUGCGCACUUGGAAGCGGCUCAAGAGAAUGCUUUUUUACUCAGCUUUAUCAGUCGUACUAAAAAUGGGUGCAUGCAGAGGAGGUUGUUUUAUCAUCAUCGAUGGCCUAAGCAAUUUGCACAAUAUACGUUUGUUUUAAAAAAAAAUAAUGUACAUAGAGACAGCUGUGUCAUUUGUGAAGUUUAUUAGCAGGAGUGUGUUUCAAUUAGUCUUUGUUAAAUGGGUUGUAGUAAAAUAGCAUUAAUCGGUGUUGUUGUCAUGUGAAGCAGAUGAAAUGUUAAUUAACUUGCGUUCGCCACACUUACGCGUGUUUUAGUUGUAAAAGUCUUAUUUCCUACUGUCGGGCGUUUGCACACGAUUUACCUUGCAUAGGUUUCUAUUUGUCAGAAUUCUGAAGUGCCUUUUGUCUGAGAGAACUGAAUAAUAAUCACUGUCAAAGUCAUAAACCAAUAUUUGUGAAAAGUGUACACGUUAACCACAUUUGUGUAAAAUAAACUCCUUCGCAGCUUACAUUUUUUGACUUAUUUCAUGAUAACGUGUUUACAAGGUGAUCGAGCCCAAUAACUCUCCUAGAACUUUAAACUCCUGCAUGGGGAAAAAACACAAAUUGACGUUUAUUCGGUGGUUACUUGUCAUAGACACUGGUAUAAGUAAUGGAGGGAUGAUUAGGGGUGGCUGUAAGGUCAUAGGUUAUACAUUCCGGUCAUCCAUGCAAAUUGAACGUCUUAAAUGCUGUCAUUAACGAGUUAACGUGACCACCACGUUAGUUAUUACUUUUUUAAGAUGAUGGGGAAGUAAAUUUAAACAUGUAUACUUAUGAUGUUAAUUACAUUUAACAAGCUUUACCAUUAUAUCAUUUUUUCUAAACCUUUCUCAUUUUGAAAAUAUUGUAAUUGUUGAAUAUGAAUGUGUCCAUUUAUAUCAGCAUUACAUAACGUCAAGAUUACAAGCACUAAUGAAGAAUAGCUAGUCUUAUGCUGUGAGAUCACUCCCACCAACAAACACUUCUAUGUCUGCUUCAAAUGUUUACUUAUUGUAAAUGUAAAGUGUGUAUGCGUGUGAGACUCUAAAUGUGUCGUUACAGAAUGGAAUCAACAAAUUGCUGUUACAUUUACAGACAAUAUACGUUUGUGUUAUUUUGAGAGUGUCAUCAUUUGCACACGUGGAUGUCAAAUGUUCGGACUUGCAAAAAGUAAAUAAAAUCAUUGUGAUGGAACAUCACAAGUUUACAUUUUAAUUUCGUUCCUCGUGCGGACACUUUAUCAUCACCGAUUUAAAAAAAAAAAUCUGUAACGCAUUGCUACUCUGCUGCAUUGAGUGCAUGUUUGUUUAUGGAUAACCACGAGUCUGCUUUUGUUGAUGUCAUUAAACGUGCACGCAUGAAAUUCUAUUCUGAGUGCCUUUCGCGUACUUGGGCCCGCUUCGUGACGUACUGCGAAGCGAGUCAGUGGGCGGUGUGCGUGCGUGGGUGCUUCGGUGUGCGACAUCGGAAGGCGAGGAGGCAUCGUUAUAAGGGCAAGGAGGGGAUAGGCUAGCCAUAGUAAGCUCUGCAUUCAGGCGCCUCAGCUCACAGUCCUCAACACGUUCACGGCUGCUGCUUCGAGACUUGAGGAGCCGCAACAAGAAUGCAGAGAUUUAUUUUGGGUGGAAGCCUUAUUUGCUUGUGGUUAAUUUCAUUUCCACUUGAAUCGCGCUCGGCAAACAUAGACCCAUGCUCCUUGCCACACUACUUCAAAACCAACACGACAUGGAGGAAGAACACAGACUACAACAUCAUUCCCAACACCACCACCCCGCCGUUCAACAACGACAACACCCUUAACAGCGAGUGGAUACGCUACGUGUACGGGGCGGGCGUCAAGCUGGUCCAAUCCUUUCCGGGAUUGUUUCACUGUGGCACGCGGCGGCCCGUGUGGCUGACGGGCACUCCGCCGAGCGUCAUCAACACCACAGACGAGGUGCAGGCGUGCGUGCCCUCCUACAACGUGGCCACUGCCAAUCCAGACUGCGACACGCAGCUGUACGUCUCCAUCCGCCUCUGCCAAAUUCCCAAUACGCUCGAGACAUUUUACGUAUACAAGCUUCCCACCACGCCUCCGGACGCAGCCUACUGCACAGAGGGCGACAGAAAUGAGUGCUUGGAGAAAACCGAUUGCAACCCGCUCACGUCCACGUGUGUGGACAUCGUUUAUAACACGCUCAACAAUUCCGGAUUCUACUGCCAGUGCAAGCCUGGGUUUGCCAAGAAUCCAACAACAGGAGAAUGUGAAGAUGUCAACGAGUGUCUAUUACCGCAGCAGUGCCAAACGUCGGCGCAUUGUGUCAACACCUUUGGGUCUUUCACAUGCGCUUGUAAUGCAGGCUUCACAGGCAAUGGAUACAACUGCCAAGACAUCAACGAGUGCUUGACGAACAAUGGAAACUGUAGCGACAUCUGCGUGAAUGAGCAGGGUGGCUACCACUGCGCCUGCCCGGUCGGGUACACGCUGGACCCCAUCAACCAUGCGGCCUGCUUUGACAUAAACGAGUGCAUGGUGAACAAAGGGAACUGCUCGCAGAACUGUCAGAAUACCGAGGGCAGCUUCGCCUGCACCUGCUGGUCGGGCUACACCAUGAACACCACCACCAAGACGUGUGUCGACAUAAAUGAAUGCCUGAACAAUCCAUGUGGAAGUAGUGGAUCUUGCUCGAACAUCGAUGGAUCUUAUAUCUGCAACUGCUUGAGAGGCUAUCAGCUGAACUCUGCAAGGAUCUGUGAAAACAUUAAUGAAUGUUUGACAAGUGCCUGUGGCCCCAACGCAAUCUGCACUGACCUCAUCGGGUCAUUCACCUGUCAGUGCCAACCCGGAUACUCCUCAAAUGGAACAAUGUGCCUCGACAUCAACGAGUGCGCCAACACUGCCAGUCCCAUGUGCCCCAUCGGAACGUGCGAAAACCUCCCCGGAUCAUAUCGCUGCCACUGCCCCUCCGGUUACACCGCAGCCAACAACACCUGCAGAGAUGUGAACGAGUGCCUGAUAAUCCCAUCCCCCUGUGGAUCCAACUCGAUCUGCCAAAACACUCCUGGCUUCUACACCUGUCUGUGCAGCAGUGGCUUCACGAGCGUGUCAGGCGUCUGCCAAGACAUCAACGAAUGCCUAGCCAAUCCUUGCGCAGCCCCAGCGUCGUGCAUCAACACAGCAGGUGGCUUCCAGUGCAACUGCCCCCUAGAUUACCAGCUCAAUGGAAACAUUUGUGAAGGUCCGUAUUGUCCUGUCAAUGGAGUGUGCAAUUAUCCCAAUGGCUACAUUGCUUACCUCAACUACAGCAACAACGCGGACGCGCACUGGAACUUCAACUACAGCGCAAGCAGCGGCAUCAGUGGUGUGACGCUGACUGUGGAAAAGUUCUGCACCCAGAAAAACCAGGACUAUUUGGAUUUGGGCCUGGGAAGCAACUACCUUGACCAGACCACGAUCAAACAGUCGAUUUCAGGCAACAAGACAGCGGGCGAGACGAUCUCUCUGGCGUUUACUCCCGGCACGCCGGCCUACAUGCACUUCACAUCCGACCGCGAUAUCAACUGCACAGGCUUCAAGUUUCACUUCACAACAGGCAAGCUUUCUUUUGAAGAUUAUUGUAAAAUUCGACCUCGUCCAAGUUAUGAAAUUGAAGGAUUAAUGUAUGUAUAGCAACAUAGCGUAUGAAUGCAUUUUUCUUGUAAAAGAGUUUGCAAUGUGCCCUGUUUUGAACAAAUAAUUUCUCCUUGACAGCCACGUAUUCCAGGUAAAAUGUUUGUAAAAUUGGUGAUUCCCGACCACGAGUAACAUCGGUAGCGAGUUAUUUGUGAACCUGUCCUGGGCUCUCCUUCACCAAACCCACACGGACCAGCGUGGUGAAGUAU